ACUAUAGUCUUAACAGAGCAGUUGAUAAAGUGAUUGUUGAACUGAACUGUGUUUUAAUUUAAUAUCCAUGCUAGAGAAAGAUAUUUCAAAUUACAAGAAAAUGUGGAUUUCCUUCGUAUUUUCUUUAUUCAUUCUAAAAUUUGAUACAUCCUCCGCAGUAUCAGCACCAUAUCAGGUAUCUAUUCGUUCCAAUGCUGCCUCAGUUGUGGGCCUUUCGAACGUUGGACAAAUUUUGGAGCAACACAUUUGUAGUGGAGUUUUCGUGAAAGAGAAAUAUAUUCUCACCACGGCCAGCUGCCUUUAUAUCGUCGAUAGACAAACCAAUUUGAGGCGAUUUAUUUUUCCUGUUGAAGUUUUCGUGGUGGCUGGGAAUGUCAAACUGACAGGAUCCCCGGCCGGAAAUUGGUCCAAUUCGAUUGACACCUUGCGGCGUAGUGUUAUAUCCGUGAUACCGCACCCCGGGUUCAAUGAAUCAUCGGGUGCAAAUGACAUCGCUCUUCUACUGCUUGACCGGUCGCUGCUUCUGCAUCACAACACGACUUCGGUAAUGUUGAUCGAACUGGCUCAGUUACCGCAGAGUUCACCCACCACCCCCAGUCAGAAUAACUCCAGCCACCCACAACAACAACAACAACACCCAGGCCCAACUUCCGUGCCAACCAGUAACAAAGUUAAUGAAAACUGUUUCAUAAACAUUUACAACAACUCGGUCGGGUUUUCCAAUUAUCCUUACACCUCGGUACAAAAUGUGAGCUUUCUGGACCGAUGGGUCUGUGAUCAGUCUUGGGCAAAUCCUGGCGGGCGGGCCGAAGGACGUUGUUUGGAGUAUCGCUUCAGUGGACUGCAGUCGUGUUCGUUCGAUUCCCGAAUCCUCCGGUCUAGUGAAGAACGGGGAACUGCCCUUGUUUGCAACUUUACUCUAUCAGGCAUUUUGGCGGAAAUUAAUCCGACUCCCAAUCCAGCUAAUUGUGCCCGGCUGAGACGGACAACCGCCUAUUGCACCCCGAUCGAGCCUUUCCGCGAGUGGAUUGCUUCAGAAAUCGGGUUUCUUUAUACGACUGCUGGCAUCAGCUCGGGCAAGGAAAAGGGAUCAGGCUCGUCCCAUCCGAAUGUUGGAGUAAUAGGCGGAAUACCAGCACAAACUCCUCCUCAAGGUGCUUCCUGGACCAAUCAACAAGUCAAUGAGGCGAAAUCCGAUUCACCAGGAAUUUUCAUCGAUAGAGCAUCAGUUUUGCCCAAAUUUAUUAUGAUUUAUAUUGUUUUCCACUUAUAUUUGUCCAAAUUUUAAAUGAGUAUCCUUUAAAAAAUAUGGAUUUAUAAACUCAAUACACCGAAAAUAUAAUCCAAUUUAAUGUAUUUGACGUAAUGUGAACCUUCAUAAGUAAGCUGGAUUAAAAGUUAUGAAAAAGUGUUGAAACAUCUUAUCUUUUUAUUGCAAAAAUAAACCGACAGUUUUUUCGGUGUAUUGAUAGUUUAUAAAUCUUCCCAUAUGAAGGAUUCUAGGUGAUUGAACUUAAAAUCUCAAACUUUUAUUCAUUUUAAUCGAAUUGUCUUUUUGUAGAAAUAAUUUCAAACAAUGGAAAUACAGCAAUAUUUCAUAAAUCA